AUGCUAAAGAUCCGAGCAAAGCGCCUUGCGAAGUUGCAAGGGGCAUCUGGGUCUAAUUCACCGAUCCCUUCGCCCGCCCCUCCUUCACCGCCCGUGGCCCAGCUUCCACAUCCGAAGCCAAGACUACCCUCUCUUCCACCUCAAUCAGAAUCCUCGCCUCUCCAACGUAAUCUUCCUUUGAAGAGGAAGUCCGUCGCAUCUACUCCCAGAGUCGAUUACCAGACAUGGGAGAACGACACAAUAUCUACAGUCCUCAAGGUCACUCUCACCAAAUCUACCGCUGAGGCAAGCGAGUUUGAUCUCGUGUGGCUCAAGCAUCUUCAGGCUGAGCUGGAGUCCGAGGGUUACCCACGUACGAUUCUUACAAAUGAUAUCGUGGAUCGUCUCCUCAUCACUCGCCUCGAGCUCGAUCCUCAGGCCAUGUCCGAUGACCUCGAGUAUGUCUCAGUACUGGCCUCUCUCCCUUCUCAGUCCAUCUUCGAGUACCUUGUAGGCUGCUGGAAGCGCAUCAACACCGCCAAGUCAAGUCUACUCAAGAAGAAUCCCGUUUCUGAAACCCAACAAGCCACUGCACUCCUCGACAAGCUUAGGGACCUCAUUAUCAGUUAUACAGGUCUUAACCUUCAGGAGCCGGAGAUGUUCCCGCAGCCUGUCGAUCGCCCAAUAUCAUCCCUUGGUUCAAACGAACUGCUCGCGCCCCUCCUCUCCCUCUCCGCCCUCUCUACACCUCUAUAUGCGUCCACAUCCACCCCUCAAACCACGCUGGCGCCCACAGAGGUUCAGCCGUUCCUGCAGGACCUCGCGGCUCGCUUCACUGAUCCAGACGAACUCUCAAACACACUCGGCCUCCUCGUCCGCAUCCUCUGCACGCACGCCUUACUCAUUCAAUCCGAGGGCAUCGGCGGGAGUGGUGGUAACUCAACAUGGCGCGGCGUCAUAAGCGGUAUCGAAGCCCUCGUCAGCGUCAGGCCCAUCGCAGAAAUGAUCACGAAAAUGCCACAAUGGCUCGGUGAGGGUUUUGGGCUAGAAGUCACAGCUGCAAACUUUGAGAAGUUUUCCAUCAUGGGACCGCUGUUGAGGCUGGGAACGUUCAGUCGGGAGUGGCCGGCUAUUGCACAAACGUACUUUAGCGACCCGACGAAGCGCAGUCGUGCGGAUGUUGACUCGUCGAAUGCGAGUUUGAGGGGGACGUUGAAGAGUUUGCAGUCGUCCCUCUUCCAAAUCUUCAAUACCCUCGUGCGCACAUCACCCGAGGCGCGCGAACGGGUGCUAGAAUACUUUGCGACAGUCGUACGGCUUAAUGUAAAACGUGCAGGAAUGCAGGUCGAGCCCGACACUGUUGCGUCAGACAGCUUCAUGGUAAAUCUACAAAGCGUACUGUUGAGGUUCGCGGAGCCGUUUAUGGAUGCGAGGUAUACAAAGGUUUGUUCGUUCAUCCUCGCAGUGCAUUCUAUCUCCCUCAUGAUGAUUAUUGCCCUCACCGUUCCUGUAUACGUCAUUGUGUGGUCGCAUGCAUAUUGGGUGUUAUUUUUGUCUACCCGAAUUGAUUUGAAGGAGGAGACGAGGAUCAAGGCAACCAGCGAUGAGGCUGCGCAGUGGGUUGAAGAGAGCAAGUCAAAGGCCGCAACGCCCAACUUCAUCUCCGACAUCUUCUAUCUCUGCAAUGCGCUAGGGCACUACGGAUAUAUACGCACGAUCCAAGUGUAUGAGGAUUUUGGGAAGACGCUUGAGGAUUAUCAGAGGCAUCAGGAUAUGAUUAACGGGGAUGGGUCGUGGAUGGGGACGUCUCACCAAGCACGCGUGCAAGCUGCCAUCGAUAACGUUAAGGACGAAAUGGCAAAGAUCCAAUCUCAACAACUCGCAUACCGCGUCCAGCUCCUCGACCCUGACCUCGUGUUCCGGUACAUAGGGUUCACGAGCUUUGUGUCGACGUGGUUGAUCCGGAGCGUCGACCCGCCUGGGACGCACCCGAAUCCUGUCGUUGAGCUGCCGCUCCCCAAGGACGUCCCGAUGACGUUCAGAGUCCUACCAGAGUUCAUAAUUGAAGAUGUAGUUGAAUUCUUUUUGUUUGUCGUGCGGCAUUCACCGGAGAGUCUUGAUUUGUCAGGGAGAGACGAGCUCGUUAUUUUUGCGCUGACGUUUCUUACUUCGACAUGGUACAUCAAGAAUCCAUUCUUGAAGGCUAAGAUCAACGAGGCGGUGUUUUACGGUGUGUUACCGUACGGGAAUGACAGGCACGGGAUUCUGGGGAACACAUUGAACGCGCACCCUGUCGCACUCAAGAACUUGCUACCCGCGUUGACUCAUUUCUAUAUCGAGGUCGAGCAGACGGGUGCUAGUUCUCAGUUUUAUGAUAAAUUCAAUUCUGAGGAUGUUCAUAUCUUAGAUGCGAGAAGGAAUAUUGCUUACAUUCUAAAGGCGGUCUGGGACAACCCUGUCCAUCGUGAUGCUUUGAACAAGGAAGCUCUGAACGUCGACAAGUUCAUCCGGUUCAUCAACCUCAUGAUCAACGACGUCACCUAUCUCAUGGACGAAUCCCUAAGCGAGCUCACGCAGAUCCACAACAUCCAGACUGAGAUGCGCGACCAAACCGCUUGGAACGCUCAUCCUCAUCAAUACCGACGCGAACGCGAAAGCACGCUCCGCGGCCUCGAGCGGCAUGCGUCUGGGUAUACCACCCUAGGCAGGUCCACAGUCGGUCUUUUAAAGGAUUUCACAGCCGAGACCAAAGGGCCGUUCAUGAUGCCCGAAAUUGUGGACAAACUCGCGGCGAUGUUGGAUUAUAACCUCGAUGCCCUCGUCGGGCCCAAGUGCGGCGAACUCAGGGUUCAGGACCCAGAGAAAUACAAGUUCAACCCUCGUCAGCUCCUGAGCGAUAUUCUGCAAGUUUACAUCAAUCUCAGCGAUCGGGAGGAGUUUGUGAGAGCUGUAGCGAGUGAUGGAAGGAGUUAUAGGAAGGAGCUGUUUGAGGCGGCGAUGGAGACUGCUAGACGAGUGCCAUUGAAGACGGAGGCUGAGAUUGGGGUUUUGAAUACUUUUGUGUCUAAUGUGGAGGAGAUGAAAACUACGAUUGAGGCGGAGGAGGAUUUGGGUGAGAUACCGGAUGAGUUUUUGGACCCUCUCAUGUUCACGAUCAUGCGUGAUCCUGUCACGCUUCCAUCCUCUCGCGUCGUCAUAGACCGAUCGACCAUCAAGUCUCAUCUUCUCUCGGACGUCAAGGAUCCCUUCAAUCGCGCGCCGUUAGCGAUAGAGGAUGUUGUCCCCAAUGUGGAACUUAAAGCACAAAUUGAUGCGUUUAUAAAAGAGAGCCGGAACAAGCGAUUGACUAUAGAGGAAGGGACUGUGAAGAUGGAUGUGUCGAUGGAUUGA